AUGAUUGCGUCUUCAUGGCAGGAAUGUUUUAGGCUGCCUAAGUACUCUUUCCUACCUACCUCUCGACAGGCAGUCACGCAUCCUCAGCAAGAGCAAUGCGAGGACUACGCACCUGCGCAGCUGUCCAUUGCAGGCGAAGGCCUUCUGGGUCUGCUUCAAGCUCAAGCCGCCGAUGCAAAGGAUCCUCUGACCUCACCAGAAGAAAUUGGCAGAUGCAUCAGGGCUGUAAGCCAGCGGCGUGUAGAGGCUUGGGUUUCAUCAGACGCUGACAGAUGUGCGAGCGCCAUGCUAGGAGUUGCGGACGAUGCUUCCGACGAGGACUCCCCAAAGCUUGCAAGACGCGGCUUAUCGGUAUACAAGUCAGGUAUUUAUGACCAUAGGUCGCUUAUAUCAUCAUUUAUCCGAAGCGGCAAGGUCCUUCCCGGGGCAUUCGAAAUUGGCGAUUUGAACGAGGGCUCGCGCAGUGCGGCGGUUGUAGCGGCAAUGGUGUUGGUGGUGAUGGUGGUGCCAACGCACAUAUCGACGGGAACAACGAUCCACACAAGGCCGCGGGAAGCUCAGCUGCUUGUCGUACUGCGGGGGGAGGUGGCACUGAUGGCGGCGACAACAAGACGGGAGCUGACGGCAGGGAUGACGCUGCCGUACGGCCACCGUCACGACAAGGGGUCGUACCCUCCACGAGUACGACAACGCUAUGCGGUCCGGUAUCUUUUCCACCGGGCGACUCGUCAUCCAGAUCACUCAUUGUCGUACGGACAUACCGUGAUGCUGAUGCUGACGUCGGCACUGGCGUCGGCGAUGUUGAUGAUGGCGGUGGCGGUGUUCCCCCGGGAGGCUUCCCACCUCAGAACGGCGGCGAUUGUGAAAGGCCGCGAACUGCGGCGCCGCCGGCCCCACAAGCCGCCGCCGCCGCCGCUGCAGCGGCAAAAGCCUCGGUGGCAACAGGAGCAGCAGGGUCCGCGAGAUGCACACGGGUACGAUCAUCGUACUACGAUGGAGAUCGAUAGGCGGGAGGUCACCUACCCACAUCACCAUCAUAUCACCGUUAUGUGUGUGACUUUGACAAGACCUAGAAUAAGGACCAUUCAGGCCUGCAUCUGCGGCUUGAGCCCUUUACCGUACAACUUGUACGGCGGCCAAAAUGUGCUUUUACGGCUCAUUCGCGAUGGUAGCGGGGUAUGGGACAACGUUGCGGAGGCGACGGGGACGCCUUUGCCUUUGCGGCCGCUGACGGUAGCGGCCGCAGAAGAGGCGCUGGCGGCUUUGACUCCGCUGCAUGGCAAGGCCGCAGUGCGGUCAUACUUGGGCCGUACUGCAGCGCCCGCGGUGGCGGCGACGGCGUUAGUGACGGUGGUGGUCGUGGCGUUGACGGCGACGUGGACUGCAGUAUUCCUGGGAGACUGCGUGUUGCGUACGGCAACGUCGCCUCCGUCACCAUGGGGUUUGCCUGGUCAUCGCGGAGGCUCGCUCACGCGAGCACCCUGGAUCUGCCCGCCAGCUGACACAAGGCACAGGAUGGUGGCGUAUCGUCAGCUCACGAGGCACGGAGCUCGCCCGGCGGUGCAUUCCCGCGGGCGCAGGCAACUUAUCCACACCGCCGUACAGGAGCCGUAUGUCGUAUUAUUCCGCGGCGGCAGGCGGGCGCAGUGUACCCCAACUGACAUUACCGGCGGCGGCGGCGGCGGCGGCUUCGGCUGCAGCGGCAGCUUUCCGCCCAAGCCCAAGCCGUUGCUGCUGCUGCUGCUGCUGCGGCGGCGGCAGCGGCGAAGUGGGUUCGAAUCGUAA